UUGAACACACAGGUUCAACUCAGUCACCUGGCUUCUUCGGAAAGGAAAUACGAGUUUAUUCUGUAAGUGCCUGGAAGCUGGAGGCUUGGUGUAGGGAACUCUCUUGCUCCAGAAGAAGAAUCGGUAGGUUUGGAAAGUUUAGUUCUAUCCUUAGGCUCUGCUGUCAGAGAUCGUAAAUGGAUGCUGCAUAUAACCCUAGGAAAAUUACUGUCAAGAAUAUGUCAGCAUUAAUGUUGUUACGUGGCAGCUCCUGGGAACUGGAGCGCUGGUAGCACCUGGACCAGAGGUGUCUCUGAGAGAGUACCUCCUGUUCUUGCACCGAGAGCUGACUUCUGUGUCACUGUAGCUGUGGCAUUGUCAUCAGCUUUAUUAACUUAAAAUCAUAAGAGUGUGGUCAGUGAUUAGUAGUCUUUGCAUAUUUUUAGUUCCUCUGGUUGGAAGGUUAACUGCUGGUGUUAAUGAGGUAGAUUGAUCUCGAUUGGUGUUUUGGGUGGUACCUGAGGACUUCAGUCCCCACAGCUGAGGAGCUAAAGUUCCCUAUAACAUUUACUGGAUUUAUGUCUCCUUUUCAUAACACUUCCAUCUGCGGGAGAGAACAUCUGUCACUUUCCUUGGGUGAUUUGGGGAAUUGAGAUGGAGCCCCUCUCCUCCCGAAGGCGGUGAGCGUGGGCUCCUGCAACUGCCCGCUCAGAGCUGUCAGCGCCUGUAACCUCCUGCUCUUGGGCUUCCCGGCUGGACUGACCCGACCUGGCCGUGAUCCGAGCAGGGUGAUGUCUCCAGACCCUUUCUGUCUCCGAGACGGGAGCAGUGAACUUUGUUCCAGUUCUUCCUGGCCCUCUCCCAAACGGAGUCAGAAGUUGUCUUUCUGAAUUGCUUGCAGCUUUCCCACUAAGCUUUGAAACCAUUCAUGGAAGCUGAUGGCAAUGCUCUCGUUCCCUUGCGUCAGAAGACAAAAAAGAAAAGUCAAGGGUUCUUUAUAAUGAGCCGACGGAGGAUAUCGUGUAAAGAGCUGGGGCAAGCUGAUUGCCAAGGAUGGCUCUACAAAAAGAAGGAAAAAGGAGCUUUCAUUGGCAACAAAUGGAAAAAGUUCUGGUGUGUGCUGAAGGAGUCAUCGCUGUAUUGGUACAGCAGUCAGCUGGCUGAAAAAGCAGAAGGAUUCAUCAGACUUCCAGACUUCAGUGUGGACCGAGCAAUUGAAUGCAAAAAAAAGCAUGCUAUCAAGAUCAGCCACCCACAGAUCAAGACAUUUUAUUUUGCGGCAGAAAAUGUUCUGGAAAUGAACACGUGGCUAAGUAAGCUGGGGAUGGCUGUAGACCCUCAGGAACCCAAAGGGAAGAAUGAGGAAGAAUGUUACAGUGAAAGUGAACACGAUGACCCAGAAAUAACAGACACGCCACCUCCCCCCUACAAAGUCCAGCCAUCACCUCCUCCUUCGCAGGAUCAGCAGAAGUCUUCUUUCACCUCGACUCUGUCAAGUGAAGCAUCUUGUUCUCUCUCCUCUCCUGAAAGCACUUUCAACUCCCAAGAGUCAUCUUCUUCCUUGACGUCCAAAGUGGUUUAUUCUGAGAGGCAGUCCUGGCUUGACCUAGUUAACAGCUCUGCCACAGAAGAGGGUGAUCAGCCUUUAACUUUCUGCGUACAGAUUCACUCUGAUGAGCUGCCAGAAGUAGACUGUGGAGAAGCGGCAGAAAGCCAGGAGGUCCGGCUUUCCAAACCCAGUGGUGGAUCCCAAAACUCUUUUUUAGGUCCGGAUACCCAUUGUCUAACUGUGCCAGAUGCAACAGGACAGAGAUCACUAGCCAAAGAUCAGGAAAAAUGUGAUGAUGAUGAGAUGGAGCGACUUUACAAAUCAUUAGAACAAGCAAGCCUGUCUCCCAUUGGUGAUCGUCGGCUGUCAACGAAGAAGGAGCUUAGGAAGUCAUUUAUCAAACGCAGCAAAAACCCCUCCAUUAAUGAGAAACUACACAAAAUUCGAAUGCUGAACAGCACAUUAAAGUGUAAGGAACAUGACCUGGCCACAAUUAACCAGUUACUAGAGGACCCAAAGUUGACGGCAAUGAAGUACAGAGAGUGGAGGACCACAAACAUCAUGCUGGUCCAAGAUAUUUAUCAGCAGCAGGAGGUCCAGGACGUGUCCACAGAGAAUAGCGAGGAGCAAGAGAUGACUCCACAGAGUAUCACUGAAAGUGCUAUCUGAGGCCAUGGUUCAAUGGUUCAUGGCUAGAUUUUUCCCCACGGGUCUUUAUGUACAGGCACUUUAAAUUGCUGCAUUUUGAGGUUUGUUUUUUCCAAGUGUUCUUCGAAAGGAAAGCAACCCCUUCUGCAAAGCUUUAAUUCCUCUUGCAAAACUCAUUUCAUGUCAAGAAGGCGAAUCCCCCAAGUUAAAAAAGCAUGCCAGCACCUGGGCUGCAUACCUAAAAAGACUAUUUUAUGAAGCAGCGAAGAAAUGUUUUUCCAUCUUUGGAGUAGUAAAUUCAAUAUGUCCAACUCCUGGAAAUCACAGAAGUGUAUAGUAGGUACUGUAUAAAUGUGAGAUCCUUGGGUUCAUUUUAACCAUGUAACUUACUGUUAAAGGAAGCUAAACCAAUGCCAACAGGAUGUAGUCUACUUUCUCCCUGUUUAGACUGUAAGGUAACCUGAUGUAUGCAUUUUCAUCUCUACCUUCAAUCAGUUUCACCACUCUACCAAUUUAAACUGAGACAAAUAGAAUAGUAGUUAUGCAUGAAUUUAUACUACAGACAGCUGUCAGGCACCCAGUUUGUGCUCUGCCUGAUGUUUUAUGAGUUUCAAAUUUAUUUAUGAACCAGACCAAGGUACUGUCUUUCUACAUGAAGAAGAGAAGGUCUCUCAGUGUUUGCUAACAUGUAAUUUACUCUUCAGUGAGGCAGCUAAUGCUUCAACAAGUUUCAACUUACCUUAUGGACUUGGCAGAAUUCCUUGGAAGAUUAUUUUCUUCUUUCUUAUUUUUGACAAUUGUGAAUAUAUAAGGUACAAGUUCAUCCCGGAUUACUACUUAGGAAGGUGAUCAAGUUCACAAAGUAGAAGCUAAAUAAUUAAAUUCCUGAUGUGGACCUGAAAGUGUUAAAACAUAGCUGAAAAUAUUUUUGUAAAUAUAUGUCAUUUUAUGUCUUUUAUGAAUGUGACUAUGUACUGUAUAUAUGUUUUAUUUAUAUAUUUAUAUAUGCUGAAUUUCCUAAUGUAGAUAGGCACACAUGGACCAGGCCCACCCAGAUGAGUGUGUUUACAGGUUCACUUGAAAUGUGUCUUUGGUUUUUGUUCCAUUGUGAAUCACAGUAGUGGCUCUACAGCUGAGACUACGCUGGCACAUCUGCUGCAACUUUUUCUUCUGUCUUUCUAGCUUUGAGUGUUAGAUGAAGAAAAGCUGUACAACUUAGGGCAGCAAAAUAAGUUUUCUAGAAAUUUUCAGGAUUUCCCUUUAGGCAAACAAAAAUAAGUAUCUUAAGAGGCUCUGCUGCAGGAUCAUAGCUUUUUGGCUUCAUUGUCCUCAGUACAAGGUUUGGGGUUUUUGCCUUCGCAUCGCCUCCGUGUGUGCAAGUAUGAGGAACUUUGCAGAGUGCUGAAUUUUGAAAAGCAACAAUUAGCUCACUGUUCUCAAAUUAAUGCCACUACAGGAACUGUGGCAAUUGCACCUCUGUUGACUAUUUUGUAAAGAAAUUCUCUGUCAUUAGUUUUUCAACAUAGUUUAUCUUUUAAAGCAAAAUACACUAUACAGAUGCAGCCAUAUUCACUUGUCUUUAUACAUUAUAUGUUUUAUCACAGCUUGACUGAGAAAACAAAAGUUAAUAGUGUUAGUGGGAACAUGUGAAAUCUUUUCCACCUGAGUAGCAAUAAGUCUGACUGCUGAUAUUGCAUUUUUAACACUCAGCAGCUUCCCUUUUAAAAUAGAGAUAUAGAAUAAUGUCCCAAUGCAUCGAAAAAUGGUAGUUAAGGCUGUAUUGAGUGUGAGAACUGAGGAGCAGAUGGUAAGCUAUAAGAAAGGGGAAACAGAAGGGAGGAUGUAGGCUCCUUUGAUACAGGCUUUAAUGGGAGAGGGUCAAGGAAAACGAGGUCUGGUUGAAUGCAGAAGCAGGGCUACGCUUGGGAUAGCAUCACCGUCUCAGGUGUAAAAGGGUUUAGGAGUGUGAGGGUAAGGACUGAUUUAGGUCAGGACUUAAUAAUUGGGGCUAGUCUGCUGGUGGGGAACAAAUGUUAACUGAGACCUGGAAGUGGGUGACAGUGACUAAAUGGGGAAGCAGACACAAACCCCAAGUUGGUUAAAAAGCGAUUGUCAGGAAAUUGUCAUAUGAGCAAUGGUUUCAUCACUUCGCUAAUUCUAACUGGAAGUUUAUAGAAAUUAAGCAAGCUCAAUACCUGGUGCAAUUUGGUUUACAGUAAUUGCGUCUUAAAAAUUGAGCCCAUUUUAAACUUUUUUUUUUUUUUUUAAUCUUUCACCAUUCCCGGACCCUCUGGACAGUGGACAUCUGUGAGUGUCCUGCUCCUAAUUGAAUUCUUCAAAGCAGAGGCGUAGGUAGGAGAGGGAUAGCCCCUGAAUUUGACAUGAUGUCAGUUAACCACUGAGAGCACACUGAAAAUUAGAAGUGUAAGGAUUAAUCUGCUUGGCCCAUCUUAAUUUUAACUACCUGGCACUAAAUAAUUGAUAAAUAAUGGAGGUUAAAUUGCACGUACAUUUUCUCUCACAAGUGCGAGUUCCUCAUGAAACAAAGUGUGUAAACACCAUUUAUCUUCAAAAGCGUCUUCAUUUAGAUCUUUAAACAAGCACAUGCUGAAGUGGCCUGUUGAACUGGGCCAGACGAGUCAGUGCCUUGCAGUUCUGAGCAAAGUCCUAGCCUGCUCCGUUUGCUGAAGUAGAUUUGCACUAUACAAAGGAAAGCACUAUGUGGCCCGCACAUGCUGUGUUGGCUCUUUUCACACUGUGCUUGUAUAAGCACAUACAAAACAGGUUUCCCAAAUAUAGAUACAGACAGAUGUCCUCAGGCUGCCCAAACUCUACUACUGGUUUUGACAGAUUAUGUAGCCUAAAAUAGUUUUUAAAUGACUCUCUCUCAGGUGGUCAGUAGAUACUUAUUGGUGAACUGUUGAGGUUUCGGAAACCUGCUGAGGAUGGCCUGUAGCACGCUCUUAGAAAAGAACAGAAAGUUGUUGAAUGUGGUUACUUUAACGCAGUUAUUGUUUUAACAAUUUUCUGUGUGUUCAAGAAAACAAAUGUAUGGCGUUUAUGCAAGUGCAGUGCAGGGAGUAUCUCCAUUCUCUUCAGCUACUAUUUAGACCUGAAACAAACGGAAAGCGUGGGAAACGUGAAGUGAAAAUUGCAGCAAAGCAGGAUUCAUGGUCCAGCAUUGCUAACUAACGUGAGAGUUUUCACCUGGCGCUGGGUUCACCACAAGGGGCUGCGCAGCAACGUGAGAGCCACGAUUGGAGAAAGAAGCACAAGCUGACAGCUGCAAUCAGUGGAUGCAGCGCGGAGCCACCUCGGCAGGAGAAACUUGGGCAACUCUGUGCUCCGCUCAGUGGUACCUGGUGUAAACAGUAUCUGUUGGUCUGAAUUUGGAAGGCCCGCACUAUUGACAUAGUGUAAGGAAACUGUACAUCCCCAGUGAAUGUCCAAAAGUCUUUAACCAUCUGUCUCAUGGGACUUGUUUUAUGUACUUUUUCAGGAGAAAGUGUGUGUGCGUGGAUGUGUGCACAUGCACAGUUAUUCCUCUCUCAGUAAAGCCUUUUGGUAUUGGUGCAGUGAGUCCAGCUAUGCAGAUUUUGGAGUAACUAAUGAUAAUAUCUUAUUUCAGCUGUUUCUGCAGCCUGUCUCUGUUGGCUUUUCUGGAAAUUGAAUCUCUCUGUUUUGGUGGUGUAGGUCUCACGAGCUACCAGAAUGAGGUGGGAUCCCAUUUCCUUUCCUAAGAUGGGAGAGGAUUGAUGUGGGGACUGUGAAUUGUUGCAUCUGCAUCUAGUUUUGAUGAUUUACUCAGUACUGUUUUUCACUUGACACAGGAAUAAACAGGAAUAAAUAAUGUGCUACAACCUU